AUGUUCAUCCAGGCUAUUCAGUGGGCUGGAGCAGGCUUCUCGCUGGUAUUUGUUUUGAUCCGUCUUGUAUCGCGCUGGCACGGACCAGGUCGCAUUUUCUGGGACGAUGUUUUCGUCGUGCUUGCUGUUCUCCUGGUACUUAUCACCGCGAUCCUAUGGCAAUGGGCCGCAAAGGAUAUGUACUACAUCCUUGAUGUGCAAGCUGGCCUUGCGUCACUCGAGACUGACUAUGUAACUCAUUUGACCCGCGAUCUCAAGGUCUCUAUGGUUACCGAAAUAUUUUUCUACGCUAUUCUGCUCUUUGUUAAGGUAUCGUUCAUUCUCUUUUUUAAGCGACUAAGCAGCAAUGUCCGUGGGCAGCUUUGGAUCCGGUGGGCAUCACUUGCAUUGUCUGCAAUUUGCUUCUUCGUCUCUAUUGGAGAUAUGGGUAUCCGUUGUUUCAUUCAAUCCGAUCUUCAGUACUUGGAGACAUACUGCGCAUCGCCUGAAUUCAAUAAAACCAGUACCAACGCUAUAACGAUCAACUUUAUUUUGGACGUCAUCUCCGACAUAGCAAUUACAAGUAUUCCAUUCGCAUUGCUUUGGAAUGUACGCAUACCAAUGCGGAAAAAGCUAGCCUUCGUCGGUAUUUUUUCGCUUAGCGUGAUCACCAUCUCUGCCGCCAUCACCAGGGUGAUAGUGUUGAAUAGCACGACAAAGGCAACAGGAUCGCCAGACGCGUCCCUUGUGUCCGUCAUCGUAUCCAGCCUGUCGUCAUUCCCACAGCUCUUUUCUGCAUCCUCUCGCAAGGUCAAGCCUCAGUGGACGCCGACGGAGACUUAUUACCGGCGACUAAGGACACGCAUGCUCAAGCGGAAGGAGAGGUCAACGGAUCCGCUCUACGAUAUUUCGGCUAUCUCUAUGCCUGACUUUGACCACAACGCUGAUCAAAAUGCUGCUUCUGUCCAAGUUCCAUAUCCCGUGCUAAAUACGGUGGAGGGUCAAGUAGCAGCUCAAUACUCGGCUGGCAUAAAUUCAUACCUGGUACCACAGAACCAGAUGACUCGGCAUUUCGAGUAUCGGACAGAAAUGACCGCAAGACCAACUACUACACAAGAGUGGCCUAUGGGAAAGGACUAG